AUGUCAUUAGAACGAGAACUUGCUUCCUUACAUAGGGAAAUGGAAGCGAUUCGAAUCGAAUGCGAUCGACUUAUAUCGAAACAUAAUAACGCUGAACAUCGAAAACUAUUCGAGUGUAAAAUUGAUGAGACAUCAAGUGCUUAUAAUACAGGAGGCGAAUCCAGUCGAAGUACUCCUAUGAAAAAUGAAUAUGCUCGCCCUGUAUAUGCAAUUAAAAGACGAUCUGAUGGAACAAGGUACAUAACAAAAAGACCAACCAGGCAUCGUUUGUUAAAGGAACGCGAAGAACAAUUAAACAGGGAACGAGUAAGUACUGAUGACGAUGCAAUGAGUGAAUUAAAAUUAGGCCGAUAUUGGACUCGUGAGGAACGAAAAAAGCAUAUGGAGAAAGCCAAAGAAAGGCGCUUAAGGCAUCAUCAAACACUUGCUGAAAAAUGUCGCCAGCCAGCCGAUCAGGUUAUGAUUGUUCAACUGUCACAUAAUAAAAUGAUGCGACGGAAGGGGCAAUUAUUAUUUGACAAAUUUACAACAGUGCAAGAAUUCCUCGCGCACGGUAAUCGUGAUCCAUCAAAUCCUUUAAAUGAUGGUAUCUUAUCAGUUACAACUGUAUAA